UCCAAUCUGUCAAGUUUUCUAACCCGGAAACAAAGUGCGUUUAACUCGAAUUUCAUAUUAAAAGCCGUAUAUUGCUCUCGGAUUGCUCCCCUGACGCUCACCCCAGGGGUUAACAUGCCUCCAAACGGGGUUAUCUAAAAGGGGAGGAAUGUCAAGCGAUAAAAUCGUGUUCUACCUGUUGCAUAUUUAGGGUUUAAAACUAAAAUAAACCCCGCCGACAUACAGUAGUUUUGACCUGGAACUUGAAGGCAAUCGGCCGAAACCCGAUCUGUUCCUCUUUGCAUGGUGUAAAAAUCUGGUUCUUAUUUCCCCCUCCAGUCAUGAUUUGUGCUGCGGAUGAAGACGACCCGUUCCCGGUGGACGACUGUCUGUUCGCCGAGACAUUUUCUAAGGAGUCUGUGUAUGAUCUGAUGGGGGAACAGCUGCGGAUUAGACAGGUGUUCGGCGCAAACCUCGGCGUGGCUGCUCCGGUGUGGGAGGCUGCGUUACAUCUAUGUCACUACUUGGAGGAUCAGUCAGUGCCAUUGAGAGGACGGCGCGUCAUCGAGCUGGGCUCGGGCACCGGCGUGGUCGGGAUUCUGGCUGCUCGCUUGGGUGCAGAAGUAACGCUUACAGACCUCCCCUUGGCUCUGCCACAGCUUCAGGCCAAUGUCUUGGCUAACAUGCCCACUAGCGGUUGGCCUUCAUCUCCACCCACUGUCCUCCCUCUGUCCUGGGGUGAGGACCACAUGAAGUUCCCCUCUGACUGGGAUUUGGUGCUUUGUGCAGAUAUCAUUUACCUGCCAGAGACAUAUCCACUGCUUGUGGAGACGCUUGGUCAUUUGUGCAAAAACGGAGCCGUGGUGUAUCUCUCAUCCAAAAUGCGCAAAGAGCAUGGGACUCCGGGUUUCUAUGAAAAGUACCUUCCAAGGAGAUUUAACGUGGAGCUUGUGCACCAUGAUGACAAACAAAACAAUAAUAUCUACAGAGCAUCUGUAAGGGCAGAUCAGUGACAGCAGGGACAGCCGGCUACCAGACUGAAGGGACGCCAGCUGUGGCUGUGGUUUCUGCUGGUGCAUUUUUAUAAAUAAUAAUAAGAGUAGUGAUGUAAUUUUCUAACUCACA